AUGCCUUCCUCUGCUGUCAUCACCUCCGACGCGGAGUUGAUGUGGAAUGUCCUCCCAGCAGUUGCACUCCCAUCCCACUCCAAAUUCUUGACCGCACGUGAUAGGAAUGGCCAACCAAUGGUGUUUGGUGUCGGCACCGAUUCCAUUCUUCGUGUCGCUCAAGAGAGCCCAAAGGACCGCCUCCGUCAGCUAGUUGAUCUCCACAAGAAACUAAAUCUGCCGGCUGAUGCUCUCGUCGAUGGCUUUGAUUUGUAUCAAGCCAAUGAUGACACCAUCUAUCUCGCUGUCACAUAUCACACCAAAGACGAGGCAAGACUGGCGGCUGCACAACCUUUCCUCCCGGCAGAUGUGGAUUUCACUGAUGACACGACCACCCUACCUUACUACAGAAGUCUACGAUUAGACGACAUGAAAGUCAAAGACUUGUUGCUGGGAAAUUUCAUUGGCGUGGAGCAGUUUCCUCCUAUAAUCUUGAAUUACACAAAUGCUGCAACGCGGUCCGAUAAUGUCAAGCAUUACGAGAUCGUUGCCGACCAAGUCACAAAUGAAGGAGACUUGAGUCUACCCCUCAACGCCUCGUCCAUCAUCGGUAUGGUAGUUGGCAAGAUCAAGCGUCACACAGGAGUCUUCGUUCUCUUUACUCAGAAAGAGCAACGCGUGUUGAUGUUCAGCUCUUGGACCACCCAAUUUGACAGUACCUUGGUCUGCCCACCAAAUGCGGGCUAUGUCGCAGCGCUCCCGAAUAGCAAGGGCAACAGUGAUCUCAUCGUCGGUGGCGAUGGAAUCUGGCACUUUACUUCCCAGUCCAUGUUAGCUAGAGAUGCUCAAGGCCAUGCCAUCUGCCAGGGCCCUGAGUUUCUAGGUAUCAACGACAUGCACAUUGCAAUGACCGCAACCAAAGCCAGCAUAUGGGCAACCACGGGAGAGAGUGGUGUCUCUUACGUGGAGAUUGACGCUUCCAAGCUAGACGGAAACGCCCACCCGGCGGCCGCGAAUGGCGUACCGCUCCUUCCCAGCGGUCAAGGCGGUGGCAUUGCAGGGUACCUCGGACCCCAUGGAUCAAAUGCCGUCUUUGUUUCCGACAAAAAGAACCAAAUGUCUUACUUUGAGCAGGCUGUUGACACCAAAUUGUGGAAGCAGACACCGUUCUGGUUCCCCAGCCUUGAAAAGACACUUCAGAUUCACUGCUACAUGACACGUAUCGUCGCCCAUGAUGAGAAUGGAGGCAUUCUGCCAAAGUGCUGGGUCAAGCUCACCAGCACCGGUACUGUCAAUGUAGUUGCCAAUGGCUUGCCCGUCACUCUCGAUGCCAGCCCAUUUGACAUUCAGGCUGACGAGGAAGGGGCCGUCAGUAUCAUUAACCCAACUAACGACAUAUCAACAUACCAAUUCAAGGUGGUCGAGGUCUUCGAUGCUGAUAACAAGACCAAAAUCCCGCUUGCACAGACAGGAUCAAUAAACCCGGCAGCGAAACUGGAGCUUUCGCUAAGCAACAUGUCCGUCGAUCGCCUGUCUACCGCCACCACCGCUAACGGCGAGUCUGUGUUUGAUAACAAGGACAAAGCAAGCUUUGAGACGGCAGUGGCGGCCUUGAAAGAAUUUGACACCGCAAGAGCGGAACUGGAGAAGACGGCCACUGCACGAAUAGCCAAUGUGCAACUGGGAGGCAUUUCAAAGCCGACACUGGCGGUCAGUUCGGCUGCGGAUGGCAGCGUUCUUGGAAAAAUCAAAGAUACCUUCUGGGACGCGUGGCAUUUUAUUGUCUCAAGCUGGGACAAGGUCAAGGCAUGGGCUAUUGAGGUCUACAAUGAAGUCAAAGCGUUCGUCAUCAAGAUUGGCGAACAGAGCUAUCGCUUUAUUCUCAAGACAGCUACGCAGAUUGCAAAGGCGGCUAACUUUAUCUACACCAAGUACCUCAAGGCGCCGUUUGAGCGUUUCGUCAGAUGGGUCUCAGACUUCUUCUCUUGGAGUGAUAUCGUCGAGGUAAAGAACAAUAUCGUUGACUUUGUCAAUGCCACUCUUGAUUAUGGAUCAUCGAACCUCGAUUGGGCUGCUAACAAGGUCGAUUCCAAGUUUGAUGGAUGGAAGGCUAUUGUAAAACAGAGCCUCGCUCCAGGAAAUAUUCCGGACAAAGUGGGGAAGAAGAGCGCGGGACCAAAGGCACAAAAAGACGUUCCCAAGGACGCAAGCGAUAAGAUGAAGCAAGCCGACGUCAAGCAGAACUGGACAAAGUACCAGCUCACUCACGGUGGUGCCCUCCGAGGCUCUUCAAUUGAGGGAGCUAUUGGAUCCAAUUUCGUCAAACAAUAUCAGGACACUUGGGACACCGUUGUCAAGCCCAUGUUCGACUCCCUUUCCGACAGCGUCGAGACCAUCAUGCACGACGUAUCUCUCCUCUUCAAGCAGAACUCGGACAUCACACCGGCCGAGAUCCUGCAGAAACUCGGUGUUGACGUCGUAAUUAGCAUUCUCGAUGCCGUCAAGACGCUCCUCGUCGGUCUGCUCAAGCGCUUGGCGCACGUAGUCGACGACUUCAAGGCGCUUGUUAACAAGAAGAUCAAGAUUCCCAUUUUUAGCGACCUCUGGGUGCUUGCCAACAAGGUAUUCAACAAGGACGUCGAGGCACCUACCUUUACCGUAAUCGGUUUCAUUGGCUUCGUGCUGGCUAUCCCAUUGACGCUCACUUGCAAACUUUUCACUGGAGGCAAGAAGCCGCCAGCGCCAAAGUUCAAUGUCAAGACAUUGAGCGCAUUCUUUGACAACUCUGCGCCAGAGAGCGACAAGAAGUCAUACAACGGCUUUGCCGCAAUGCUAGAGACGGGAGCCGCUUCAAUGCUCGCUAUAGUCGGGCUUGCAAGCACAGUGGGUCUUGGCGGGGCGCUGGCGGCGAUAUUCGACUUUCAACUCCUGUUCGGCUUAAUACGAGUGGCUGUUUGCAUCCCGACGAAUAAAAAUCUCCCGCUAUGGGAAGUCCGCUGUGCUGUAUCUGCUGCUGAUGCAGUCAACGUCUUUAUCCUAGCCAUUGCACGCAAGGUCGACAAAGGCGGCAAGGGCGAACAGGUGCUUGCUGUCAUUGAAGGUUCCAUUGCUCUGCUAAACAUUGGCUUGCAUACUGCAGUCAACGUAGCGGAGCUCACAGAGGAAUGGCAGGGCAAAGACGAGGAGAGAACUGGUUAUCAGAUUCUCAUCAGUGUCCUGGGCGGUGUGUCGACUAUUGGUAAGAAUGUUUCAACCAUUAGCAUGGAACCGAAUACCAAGUUGGCUGGCGUUGUGGCAAAGCAGGUUGCUGGCAAAGCUGCGGGCUUCUUCAAUGUUGUCAAUACGUAUAGCAACAUUGGGAAGGGGAAGUACACCUAUAUUCUGAACUCAGGAAGCUAG